GGUGGCGGCAUCCCAAAUGCCAAAUGGUAAAACGUGCGUCUAACAAUAGUGCCGCCGAUUAGAUUUGGCACACGCAGUGCCCGAUCAUGGCAGCGGAUGAACCAAACCGAGACCAGAGCCAAAGACGCCAAUAUAGGGCGAGGAUCACCAAGGACGCGAAUGCGGAUAGCCCGCUGCUGAUGUGUGAGUUUUGUGGCUACCGCACUAGGAUACACUGGAACCUGACGAUCCACCGAAGGCGGCACACCGGUGAAAAGCCCUUUAGUUGCGACAGCUGCCAAGCCAGCUUCGCGGCGAGAUAUCAGUUGAAGACACACUUGGAGCGACACCAGGACAUCGGUGAGCGGCGGCGGCGACACAUCUGUACUGACUGCAAUCUAGGAUUCUCCAGCUCGAGAGCUUUGUAUCACCAUCGUCCACUGCACGAGGAUGGAAAGCGGUAUAAGUGCUCCCAAUGCGACAAGUCUUUUGCCCAGGCCGCAGGAUACGCCCAGCACAAGAGGUGGCACCAGCAGAAAAGACAGCGAGCUACAGAUGUUAAGAAGAAUGUGUAGUAUCCUUGAUUGUUAUUCCAGAAAUAAAAAUUGAACCAAAA